CCGAGGGGGGCAGGGGCAGGGGAAGGGGAGGCCGUCCAAGAUGGCGCAGGCGGCGGCCGGGGCCUACCUCACGCACCGCCAGAAGGUGCUGCGCCUCUACAAGCGGGCGCUGCGCCACCUCGAGUCCUGGUGCAUCUACAGGGACAAGUACCGUUACUUUGCGUGCUUGAUGAGAGCCCGAUUUGAAGAACACAAGAAUGAGAAGGAUAUGAUAAAGGCAACGAAGAUACUCAAGGCUGCCGAGGAAGAGUUUUGGCAGAGACAACACCCUCAGCCCUACAUCUUCCCGGAUUCUCCCGGAGGCACCUCCUACGAGAGAUAUGAGUGUUACAAGAUUCCUGAAUGGUGCCUAGAGUACUGGCAUCCCUCGGAGAAGGCCAUGUACCCUGAUUACUUCUCCAAGAGGGAACAGUGGAAGAAACUGCGUAUGGAGAGUUGGGAAAAAGAGGUGAAGCAGCUCGAGGAGGAAACUCCGCCCGACGGUCCCAAGACCGAAGCCCUGCCCCCGGCUCGCAAAGAGGGGGAUCUGCCUCCGCUGUGGUGGCACAUUGUGACCAGGCCUCGCGAGCGCCCCGUGUAGCCCCCCAUCCCCCCGGCGGGGCACCCUAACCACGCAAGACCACAGUCGCUUGCCAUAAUAAAAUCAACGUUAACUG